AAUGGCGGAAAUUUUAGGGGAUUUGUUAAAACAGAAAAGAGACAACUUUAGAGUUGAAUUAAGGAGAAAGGCAACAGAAGAGCUUUUCAAAUAAAAAAGAAGAAUAUUUACUAACAAUGAAUAAACUUAGUUUACAGAAGAGAAAAUUCAUAUUUGGUACAUGAAUUUAGUUAACUAAAACUAUCAGGAAACUUUAGAAGAAAUAAAACAAUAUUUAUCAAAUAAAAAUGUUGAAGUAAUAGGAGAUAUCUAAUUAUUAGCUUAAUUUUUUAACAUUAAUUAAUAAACAUGAAGUAUACUAAUAAUUACUAAAUAUUUGGAAUAAGCAAGAAUUAGAUUAUAAGAUCAUUUAAUAAUUGCUUUAUAUAUUUGCAAAUUUGCAUUCUUACAAUGUGUUUGAUGAUUUAAAAUUAUUGUAAAAUGAAUAAUUAAUGGGAAAAUUGUUCGAUUUAUUAUAAAUGACUUCUUAUAAAGAAAUUCAAUCUUAAAUAUUCUUUUUAUUAGCAAAUCUUUUAGGUAUGGAUAAUGGAGUCAAAGCUAGAAAGUUGGCAGAUUACGGAUUUUGCACAUUAAUCAAAAAUAUGUGGAUGAAUAAUCUAAUUUACUUCGAAGUAUAUAUAUAUGAAUUAAAAUUGAGAUUGAAAAUAUUAUAGACUUUUGCUGGUUUUUGAGUAACUUUUUUCAUUAUAAUUAAAAUAAUGUUGCUGGUUUUACAUUAAGUGAAGUAUGUUAUUUACGAUAAUAAAGGUCAAAGCAGUGUUGCCAAUUAUAUUAGAAUGCAUUACAUAAAAUGAAAAAGAUAUUAAAUUAUAUUCAUUAAUAACUCUAAAGAGUAUGUGUUUAGCUAAAGAAGAAGUAUUUGGUAUAAUAAUAAAUAAACUCAAAAUCUUUAAUGAUUUAAUGAAUAUGUAAAGAGUAAGUAAUGAUGAAGAAAUUUCAUUAUAAAUACUAGAAAUUAUUGCAUCUUUUGCAUUGGCAGAUGAUUAAAUAACUACUUAAUUAAUCAAUGAAUUCAAAAUCCUUGAUUUCUUUUUAUAAAUUUAUAUCUAGCCAGGCAGAAAUAAAUAAAAGGAAUUCAAAAAAAUGAUAUUAUGGGGAUUAAAUAAUUUGUGUUGUAAUGAUAAUUUUCAAAUAUUACAAACAAUAAUUAAACAUGAUCUUAUUAAAUUUAUUUAAAAAGAUGAAAAUGAAACUGAAAUCGUUAAGGAUAUAUUAGAAGUUAUAAGAAGUCUUUCAUAAUUAAAAAAUACAGAUUUACUAAAGUAUGUAUUGAUGAGUAGAAAUGUUGUGGAUAUAGUCAUGAACUAACUAAAACUGAAAACAACAAAAGCAAUAGUUUUGACAUGUUUGAACAUUGUACAUAACUUUGCAUAUCAAAUUGGUAAACAUUCCCAAAGUGAUAUAAAUAUGGCAAUAGAGAUGUUCAUUUCUAAAGGAUUCGAUAAAAUACUUAAUUAGUUAGAGUUUGAUCCUGAUCAUGAUAUUAAUAUUGAAGCUUAAAGGUUGACAGAAGCUUUUCUUUAGUGA